AUGUCUGUUUCGGUACAAGAGCUGGACAACACCGUCCAGGCCUUCUUUGAAGGCAAAGGGGACAUGCAAAAACAAGCCCAGCAGACUCUGACAGAAUUCAAGCAAAACCCCGAUGCCUGGGUGACCGUGGGCAAUAUUCUUCAAGAAGCGUCGUACCCCCAGACAAAAUACAUUGCCCUUCAAGUCCUCGAUGAGGUGAUCAUGACUCGAUGGAAGGUUUUACCGAGGGACCAAUGUCAAGGAAUCCGCAAUUUCAUCGUGAAUUUCAUCAUUGAAAACUCGAGUUCGGAAGAUAAACUUCGGACGGAGCGCGCCUUGUUAAACAAGCUCAACCUCGUCCUGGUCUCCAUUCUGAAGCAGGAGUGGCCGCACAACUGGCCGACCUUUAUCAACGAGAUCAUUUCCUCCUGCCACGCCAGUCUCUCAAUCUGUGAAAACAACAUGGUCAUCUUGCGCCUAUUGUCUGAGGAAGUUUUUGACUUCUCCCAGGAUCAAAUGACUUCAGCCAAGGCAAGGAACUUGAAGACGUCGAUGACCCAGGAAUUCGCCUCGAUAUUCCAGCUAUGCUCCGAAGUACUCACCACAGCAAACCAACCGAGCCUGGUGAAAUCGACGCUCGAAACCCUUCUUCGUUUCCUCAACUGGAUCCCGCUAGGUUACAUCUUCGAAACUCCCAUCAUUAACACCCUUCUCACUCGGUUCUUGGAUGUUCCCGAUUUUCGAAAUGUCACGUUGAAGUGCCUGACCGAAAUUGGUGGCCUGCAAAUCGGUGCUCCCUACAACUACGAUGACCGAUUGGUGCAUAUGUUCACAGAGACUCUGACCACGGUCUCCAACGUCAUUCCGCUGUCCUUGGACCUGAAGGAGACCUAUGCGAGAAGCAAUUCGCGCGACCAAGAAUUUGUUUCAAACCUCGCACUAUUUCUUUCAAGUUUUUUCAGCGCUCACUUGGAUGUACGUCUUAGACCCUAUCCUUUGCCCCCUCUCCUUUGCUUGAAGUCCCUCGAGACCAUACUGACCAUCGAUUUUACCUCCCGCAUACAGCUUGUCGAGAAGUUACCAAACCAAGAUUACCUCACGCACGCACAUUUCUAUUUGAUCCGUAUCAGUCAGAUCGAGGACCGGGAGGUGUUCAAGAUCUGUUUAGAUUAUUGGACUAGGCUUGUGCAGGAGCUCUACGAAGAGAUGCAACAACUCCCCAUCACCGACAUCAACCCACUGGUGACAAUGGGCGUCAGUGGCUUAUCCAAUGGCGGCGCGCCGCAUCCGAGUACCCUGGCCAACUAUCCCCUCCGGAAACACAAGUACGAGACUGUCCUAUCGAACCUUCGCACCGUCAUGAUCGAGAAAAUGGUUCGCCCGGAGGAAGUUCUGGUUGUGGAGAACGAUGAGGGAGAGAUUGUUCGUGAAUUUGUCAAGGAAAGCGACACAAUCCAGCUUUACAAAACCAUCCGUGAAUGUCUGGUGUACCUCACGCAUCUUGAUGUGGUCGAUACUGAGACAAUCAUGAUCGACAAAUUGGCAAAGCAGGUCGAUGGAUCGGAAUGGUCUUGGGCAAACUGCAACACACUCUGCUGGGCAAUCGGUUCGAUCUCAGGAGCAAUGAACGAAGAGACCGAAAAACGCUUCCUGGUCACCGUGAUCAAGGAUCUUCUGGGUCUGACAGAGCAGAAACGCGGGAAGGAUAACAAAGCCGUCGUGGCAAGCAACAUCAUGUAUAUCGUGGGACAGUACCCUCGAUUCCUGAAGGCUCACUGGAAGUUCUUGAAGACGGUCGUCAACAAACUGUUCGAGUUCAUGCACGAGACGCACGAAGGUGUCCAAGACAUGGCCUGCGAUACCUUUAUCAAGAUCGCCAAUAAAUGCAGGCGACAUUUUGUGGCCCUCCAGCCCGGAGAAAACGAGGCCUUCAUUGAGGAAAUCGUUCGGAAUAUGAGAAAGAUCACCAUGGACCUCUCGCCACAACAGAUCCAUACAUUCUACGAAGCAUGCGGCUACAUGAUCUCUGCUCAGGGUCAAAAGGGGCUCCAGGAUCGGUUGAUUGAAAAUUUGAUGGCUCUGCCUAAUUCGGCCUGGGACCAAAUUAUCGCGGAGGCAAAUCAGAACCCGGCGAUUCUUCAAGACGGCAACACCAUUAAGAUCAUUGGAAACAUCAUGAAGACAAAUGUCGCCGCCUGUUCCUCAAUUGGCACCUACUUCUACUCCCAAAUUGGUCGCAUCUACCAUGACAUGCUGAACAUGUACCGCGCCUCGAGCCAGCUUAUCAAUGAUGCUGUCGCCCAUGACGGAAGCAUUGCCCCCAAAACCCCCAAAGUUCGAGGGCUUCGAACCAUCAAGAAGGAGAUCUUGAAGCUCAUUGAUACCUAUGUGGAGAAGUCGGACGACCUCGAGAUGGUCAAUGCCAACAUGGUUCCAUCACUUCUCGAGGCGGUCCUCAUCGACUAUAAUCGCAACGUUCCCGAUGCACGAGAGGCCGAAGUGUUGAAUGCCAUGACCACAAUAAUUCACAAGCUUCACAAUUUGAUGGAGGACAAGAUCCCGGCGAUCAUGGAGAGUGUCUUCAAUUGUACCCUCGAGAUGAUCAACAAAGAUUUCCACGAAUACCCCGAACACCGGGUUCAGUUCUUCAAGUUGCUCCAGGCCAUCAACCUGUACUGCUUCCAGGCGCUGCUGAAGCUCGAUGCUACGCAGUUCAAGUUCGUGAUUGAUUCCUGCAUGUGGGCUUCGAAGCACGACAACCGAGAGGUGGAGAACACGGGCCUCACGAUGUGCCUUGAACUGAUGAACAACAUGGCGGAGACGGACCUCCAAACAUCCGGCAUCUUUUUCCGCCAGUUUUACAUCCCGAUUCUUCAGGAUGUCUUCUUUGUCCUGACAGAUAGUGACCACAAAGCCGGCUUCAAAUCUCAAGCUAUGCUCCUGUCGCGCAUGUUCAACUUUAUUGAAUCCGGCAAGAUCCAAGAGCCGAUAUACGCCCCUGACCAGGCCCCGGCUGGGACGUCGAACAAGGAUUUCCUGCAAGAAUACGUCGCAAACCUGCUACAGAGCGCCUUCAAGAACCUCCAAGAGGUCCAAAUCAAGCAGUUUGUCAUCGGGCUGUUUGCUUUCACGGAUGAUCUAAACAAAUUCAAGACUCACCUGCGUGAUUUCUUGAUUUCUUUGAAGGAAUUCUCGGAUGAUAAUGCCGAGCUUUAUGCGGAGGAGAGAGAGCAAGCUGUGCGCGAUGCUCAAGCUGCGGAGCGAAACCGAGCGAUGAGAGUUGGGGGGUUACUGAAGCCAUCGGAAAUGGAUCAGGAAGAUGAGCUAUGA